AUGUCGAGCAUCAAGACAACAGUGGAGAUCAACUUGAGCUACAACGGCAUCGGAGACGACGAGUGCGAGCAGCUUGCCAAGGUGAUCAAGCAGUCCAAGACCGUCAAGAGGCUCAUCUUGGAGAACAACCACAUCCACAUGAAGGGAGCCCAGGUCCUCGCCGCUGCUCUCACGCCAGAGACGGGCAAGGACGACCCCGCGCUGGAGGAGCUGAACCUGAAGAACAACGGCGUUGGGAGCGAGGGAGCGACGGCGAUCGCGCAGGUGCUGACGAGCAACAAGAACCUGAAGCAGAUCAAUCUCUACUGGAACAACAUAGGAAACAGCGGCUUGCAGGCCAUAUGCCAGAACUUGCGCAAUGAUUUCCCGAAAGACUUCGUCCUGGUACUCCCUCCUCGUCCGAUUCCCCCCUCCUUCCAUCCCCUCCCCUCUUCCAUCCCCCUCCUCCUUCCAUCCCCCUCCUCCUUCCAUCCCCUUCCUCCUCCCUUCCCUUCCUGA